AUGGCCAAGGCGUCGAAAGCCCGGCAAUCUGGCUACGUUGCCGAAUCGCAGUUGGAAGCAGAGGUCGCAAGACUUCGCAAUGCGCUGGCAGAUGCAGAGCGACAGAAGGCCGAGCUUCAGACGCAGGUUGAAGAUCUCCGCGGAGAGGUCUCCAAGAUGUCAGGGCAGCUGUCCAGUCCUGGUGGUGAGCCAGACGAGCGGGACAAGCAACGCUUGCUCGCGCACCUCCGUUCCGAGGCGUAUGUCGAGCUCUUCGCCUCUCCAAUCGCGGGCGUCGGAGUGCGGGCGUUUCGGCAGAUUCCUGAAGGAGUUGACCCCUUCCCGAUCUGCAACCCACACAUGGCGGCGAAGGAGAAGUUCUGCACUUGCUCACAUGCUGAGCUUCGAGCGUUGCCUGAUGGAGUCAUGGACAAGGUGAAGUCUUUCUUCGCUGCCUUGACGAUGGAUGAUGGCUGGACGCCUAUGCGCGACGAAGACGGAGAGAUCAUCUACGGCGUGCUGACGUCGGGCAUGAACAACUUGAACCUGUCCUGGUACCUGAACCACUCGGAGGAUCCCAAUGUGGCCUUCAAAGAUGCUGAAGAGGACGGCGGCUACAACUCCUUCGUUACGAGGCGUCGAAUUGAGGCGGGAGAGGAGCUGACGACGGACUACCGGGAGCUUGGAAAGGAGUUCUAUGCGUUGGUGUCUGGCACCUGA